AUGUUGUCCCCGCCCACACCUGUGAUAGUGCUCGCCUCCUAUAUUAGGCAAGUUGCGGCUCACGCGGCGACAUUCAGAAGACUCCGAUGCUCCGCUGGGUCGCCCUCGCUGCAGCGUACCCGAGCGCUCUCCGAAGGCUACGGGCAGCGGGCACUCGGCGCGCCUUCAGCCUCCGCUCCAAGCGGGGACCCAGGCCUUGGCUCGGGCACCCUCCUCGCCCUGAUCUGCGUUCUCUCGGGUGUCGGCUGCUUUCCCCUUAAUCACAUUGCCAGACAGGACGCCAGAUGGAAUUCCUCGCAGAAGUGUCAGCCAGGAUUCUAUCUGUCAGAGCACAGUGGCACUUGUAUACCUUGCACUGAUGGAAAGGAUUUCACCAAUCAUUCGAACACCCUCUCCUCUUGCCAGCUCUGUUCUGAAUGCUUCCCAGAUAAGGAAGUAACAGCUCUGUGCACCAGGACCAUGGACACCCAGUGUCGCUGCAAACCCGGCACAUUCCAGGACGACAAUUCUCCCGAGUUCUGCCAGAAGUGCAGCCCCGGGUGCCCUGCUGGCAAGGUCGAGGCCAGGCCCUGCACCCCCUGGAACGACCGCAAGUGUGUGGACCAAGAAUCAGGUACCCAGGCCAGUGGGAAGACGCUGGUUCCUGGAGUGACCACCAGCCUGGAGCCGCCUGUCACUUCCUCUCCCUCCUCAGGCAGCUCACAGCUGGGAAUCAUAAUUACAGUCAUCGUCAUCGUCGUCGUCGUCUUCUUCAUCUUCUUCAUCGGGGCUCUGCUGUGUUACCAUUACCGGAGCACCGCCCGGAGGACUCACCAAGGUUGUGGGGUGGACUCCAAUUGCAUAAACAGAAUCUUUCUCAGGUUCUCAUGUGCUCCAAGAGGGCCUGAGGCUCAGGACAAUGCCCGCAACACCUCCCUGAGCCACAGAGAGUUGCCUUCCACGCCCACCUCUGAGGAGGAACUGGAACACCAGGAGCAUGCGGAGGUGGCAGGUGUCACAGAACAGUCCCCAGGAGAAGCAAAGUGUCUGUUGAGACCAGCCAGAGCUGAGGGAUCUCAGAGGAAAAGGGAGCUGCUGGUUCCAGCAAAUGGCGUAGACCCUGUAGAAAGCUUCAGGUCGUUCCUCGACUACUUCAUAGAGACGGUGCUCUUUAAUUCCUGGAAACCUCUCAUGCGGCGGAUGGGCCUCACCGACAAUGAGAUCCAGGUGGCCGAAGCCCAAGCAUCGCACCCUCGGGAGCAGGUCUAUGAAAUGCUGGUGAUGUUGGUCAACAAGAUGGGGCGGGCCAUCUCUGUCAACACCCUGCUGGAUGCCUUGGAAAGCCUGGGGCAUAGGAACACGAAGGAAAAGAUUCAGGACUACCUGGUGGCAUCCGGGAAGUACGUCUCUGUAGAAGAUGCUGCUGUUUCCUGAGGGAAGAGGAUCUCUUUAGGAGACCAGAGCUUUCUUAGUUUGCCUUUUCUCCUGCAAAGGGAGGCAAAGUGGACACUAACCUGGAAGAUUCAGGCAGUCCUUGUCCAGUACUUGAAGAAAUUGUGUUGUCCAGAAGCCCACCAUUCUUGAAGUGUUCUGGAACUUUUUCAAUGUACUUACAGUAAUUUUUAUGAAAUAUUUGUUGUUUACUAAGGAUGAUAGUUAUAUGUUCACAUGUGUACUAAAAGCUGUUUUAGUUGUUUUUCUUUUUCAUAAAUUUGCACUUUUUACUUUGUUAUUU